GGCGCGAGCUAACCGGUUUCCAUGGCGAUGAGGACACACGCGCCCCAACCGCCCCAUAACUGUCAGGUCCUGGACUUCGGCCCGCAGGAGUGUGUCGGCACCCCAUCCCGGCUGCUGCCCCGAAGUCAACUGCACCCUAGCCCCAACAUGGGCGACCUGGAGCUGCUACUGCCUGGGGAAGCUGACGUGCUGGUGCGGCGUCUGCGCAGCUUCCAGCUACGCGAGAUGGGCUCGGAAGGGUGGAACCAGCAGCAUGAGAACCUGGAGAAGCUGAACAUGCAAGCCAUCCUUGAUGCCACGGUCAGCCAGGGCGAGCCCAUUCAGGAGCUGCUGGUCACCCAUGGGAAGAUUCCAACGCUAGUGGAGGAGCUGAUCGCAGUGGAGAUGUGGAAGCAGAAGGUGUUCCCCGUGCUAUGCAGGCUGGAGGACUUCAAGCCCCAGAACACUUUCCCCAUAUACAUGGUGGUACACCAUGAAGCCUCCAUCAUCAACCUCUUGGAGACAGUGUUCUUCCACAAGGAGGUGUGUGAGUCAGCAGAGGACACUGUCUUGGACCUUGUGGACUACUGCCACCGCAAACUGACUCUGCUGGUGGCCCGGAGUGGCCGUGGUAGCCUCCCUGAGGAGGAGGGGUCCCAGGACAGCACCCCUAUGCAGGAGCUGCAGAAGCAGGCAGAGCUGAUGGAAUUUGAGAUUGCACUGAAGGCCCUCUCAGUACUGCGAUACAUCACAGACUGCGUGGACAGCCUUUCCCUGAGCACUUUGAGCCGCAUGCUCAGCACCCACAACCUGCCCUGUCUUCUGGUCGAACUGCUGGAGCACAGUCCCUGGAGCCGGCGAGAAGGAGGCAAGCUGCAGCAAUUCGAGGGUGGCCACUGGCAGACAGUGGCCCCCUCAGAGCAACAAAAGCUGAGCAAGUUGGACGGGCAAGUGUGGAUCGCCCUGUACAACCUGCUGCUAAGCCCUGAGGCCCGGGCCCGCUACUGCCUCACAAGCUUUGCCAAGGGACAGCUGCUCAAGCUUCGGGCCUUCCUCACAGACACAUUACUCGACCAGCUGCCCAACCUAGCAGACCUGCAGGGUUUCUUGGCCCACCUGGCCCUAGCCGAAACCCAGCCCCCUAAGAAGGACCUGGUGUUGGAACAGAUCCCAGAAAUCUGGGAGCGGCUGGAGCAAGAGAAUAGAGGCAAGUGGCAGGCUAUUGCCAAGCAUCAGCUUCGGCAUGUGUUCAGCCCCUCGGAGCAGGACCUUCGGCUGCAGGCACGAAGGUGGGCUGAGACCUACAGGCUGGACGUGCUAGAGGCAGUGGCUCCAGAGCGACCCCGCUGUGCCCACUGCAAUGCAGAGGCCUCCAAGCGCUGCUCUCGAUGCCAGAAUGAGUGGUAUUGCUGCAGAGAUUGCCAAGUCAAGCACUGGGAGAAGCAUGGAAAGGCUUGUGUCCUGGCAGCCCCUGGUGACAGAGUCAAAUGAGAACUGCAGUUGCUGAGAACUGACCACCCAUGCCAAGGGAACCCACCCAGAAUUCACCCCUGAACCCCAGGAUUUCAUUCCAGGCUCUGCCAGUGCCUCAGACUCCCCUUGUGGUGAGCAAAGCGGGAGGGUAGAGCUGCUGACCCAUCCCCCUCUCCCCUCCCCAAGCGAAGGCUUUCGACUUCCUGCCCCACCCGGCGGGUAGGCGGAGGAUGCUGCCUCAGCACACUGGGGCAGGAGGACAGGGCCGGAUGCGGGGACCCUCUUCCUCUAGCACAGUAAAGCUGGCCUUCAGAAACACGCA